GAGUGGCCGCACACUGAUUAGCAGGCGGCGGAGAGUUGUGAGGGAGCGAGCCGCGGAAAGCUGCUUUUUAAAACUGCAUUCAAACUGCGGACGCGCUCGGAUAAAAGAAAGAGACUGCCAAAGUGCUCGCCGUGGACUUGAACAUUUUCGAGAAGUUUAGUCGGAAAGCUGCGGAGAGAAACAAGCAAGCAAAAAGCAACUAUUCAAUUCAGCGGCGUAUUGCUGGGAAUUAAAGGCAGCCAAUUUGCGGGGCUACGAGCGUGUGUGACUGUGCAGCUUAGCCCGCCUUAGGAAAAAAAAAAGAGGAGCUCAAGGCUUGCUUUGAGUGAACUUCAACACUCGCCUGGAGCGGUGAUGUCUUGAGGCGGUGGUCUCACCAGCCCAGUAAAGGACGUGCCAGUACCGGGCCGCUGCCUCUAAUGGGAUCUCCUGCUCCGCCAUGAGUGCUCGCGAUGGCGUUGGGGGCGUCGGCGGCAUGGGCACCCUGGGCCGACGGCAGCGCUACGAGAACUCAGAGUUCACCGUGCGCAUCUACCCGGGUGCCCUCGCGGAGGGCACCAUCUACUGCCCGAUCAGCGCUCGCAAGAAGACCACGGCCGCCGAGGCCAUCGAGCGAGUCAUUGAGCGGCUGCAGCUGGACCGCACCAAGUGUUACGUUUUGGCUGAGGUGAAGGAGUUUGGUGGGGAGGAAUGGAUCCUGAACCCCACCGACUGUCCCGUGCAGAGGAUGAUGCUCUGGCCCCGCGUGGCUCUAGAGCUCCGCCCUCUGUCAGGUGGCGAGGAUUAUCGCUUCCUCCUGAGGCAGAAGAACGUGGAUGGCUCUAUCCACUACGGAUGCAGCCUCCACAUGUGGCUCCAGGUGACAGAGGAGCGAAGACGCCUGGUGGAACGCGGACUGCUGCCGCAGCCUGAUUCUCAGGGUGACCACGCCGAUCUGUGCUGCCUGCCGGAGCUCAACGAGCGCUCGCUGCUGGACAACCUGCGCUCUCGCUUCCGGCAGGAAAAGAUCUACACCUACGUUGGAAGCAUCCUCAUCGUCAUUAACCCCUUCAAGUUCCUGCCAAUCUACAACCCCAAGUAUGUGAAGAUGUAUGACAAUCAUACGCUGGGAGACCUGGAGCCGCACAUUUACGCCGUGGCGGACGUGGCCUACCACGCCAUGCUGAGGAGACAGAGGAAUCAGUGCAUCGUCAUAUCUGGGGAGAGCGGCUCCGGGAAGACGCAAAGCACAAACUUUCUCAUUCAUCAUCUGACUGCCCUCAGUCAGAAGGGCUUUGCCAGUGGAGUGGAGCAAAUCAUCUUGGGAGCCGGACCAGUAUUAGAGGCGUUUGGGAAUGCAAAGACGGCACAUAAUAACAACUCCAGUCGGUUUGGCAAGUUCAUUCAGGUGAACUACCAGGAGAGCGGCACUGUGAGAGGGGCAUACGUCGAAAAAUACCUCUUGGAGAAGUCGAGAUUGGUCUAUCAGGAGAAUGAUGAGAGAAACUACCACGUCUUUUAUUACCUGCUGGCAGGAGCGAGUGAGGAAGAGAGAAAAGCCUUUCACCUGAAGAAGCCUGAAGGAUAUCAUUACCUCCACCAGGACUGCUUCACUGUUGAAGGAGAGGACCUGAAGCAUGACUUUGAGAGACUCCAGUUGGCCAUGGAGAUGGUGGGCUUCCUCCCCGCCACGCGCAAACAGAUCUUUUCUCUGCUGUCGGCCAUCCUUCACCUGGGAGACAUCCGCUACAAGAAGAAGAGGGACGACUCCAUCGACAUCUCCAACCCCGAGGUGCUGCCUGUCGUCUCAGAGCUGCUGGAGGUCAAAGAGGAGAUGCUGUGUGAAGCUCUGACGACGAGGAAGACUGUCACCGUGGGAGAGAAGCUCAUUGUUCCCUACAAAGAUGCUGAGGCUGUCACGGUGCGAGACUCAAUGGCGAAGUCUUUGUACAGCGCUCUGUUUGACUGGAUUGUGCUGAGGAUCAACCACGCUCUGCUGAACAUCAAAGACCUGGAGGAAACCACUAAGAUCUUGUCCAUCGGUGUGCUCGACAUUUUUGGUUUUGAGGACUACGAGACCAACAGCUUUGAGCAGUUCUGCAUCAACUUUGCCAAUGAGCGUCUUCAGCAUUACUUCAACCAGCACAUCUUUAAGCUUGAACAGGAGGAGUACAGAGCUGAGGACAUCAGCUGGAGGAACAUCGAUUAUAUCGACAAUACGGGCUGCAUCAACCUGAUCAGCAAGAAGCCCACCGCAUUGUUCCACCUGCUGGAUGAAGAGUGCAACUUCCCGCAAGCCACCAAUCAGACGCUGUUGGAUAAGUUCAAGCGGCAGCAUGAGGGGAACCGCUACAUCGAGUUCCCUGCCGUCAUGGAGCCCGCCUUCAUCAUCAAACACUAUGCUGGCAAGGUCAAGUACCGUGUCAAGGAUUUUAGGGAGAAGAACACGGAUCACAUGCGGCCAGACAUCGUAGCUUUGCUAAAGAGCAGCAAGAACGCGUUCAUCUGCAGCCUGAUCUGCAUCGACCCGUCUGCCACUUUCCGCUGGGCGGUGCUCCGAGCGUACUUUAGGGCCCUGGUGGCUUUUAGAGAGGCUGGAAAGAGGCACACGCACAAGAAGAUUGGGCAUGAUGACGCUGCGCCCUGUGCAGUAUUGAAAAAAAUGGAUAGUUUUAGCUUUCUGCAGCACCCUGUGCAUCAGAGAAGCUUAGAGAUCCUGCAGAGAUGCAAAGAGGAGAAGCACACUCCAGAUGAGAGUGAAAGUGUUGUGCAAAGUGAUGAUGAAACAGAGAAUGGUAUGACCAGAAAGACUCCACGGACGCCUUUAUCAGACAUUCAGGGAAGCAACACCAUCAUCGGCAAAUCGCCACGGAGUUCUCCUGGCCUCGGCUUGAACGGACGUGUCGGUCGGCAGAGUCAGCUGUCUCCCAGCGGCCCCAACGCAGAAGAUGAUGGCAUCUUUGUCAACUCAGCCAGCAGCAAACUCCUGGAGAGAGCUCAUGACAUCCUGAUGAGAAACAAAAACUACAAGUCUAAACCAGUUCUUCCAAAGCAUUUACUGAACGUCAAAUCACUGAAGUACCUAAGCAACCUGACUCUUCACGACCGCAUCACCAAGUCGCUGCUUCACCUUCACAAGAAGAAGAAACCUCCCAGCAUCAGCGCACAAUUUCAGGCUUCUCUCAAUAAGCUCAUGGAGACCCUGGGUCAGUCUGAGCCUUAUUUUGUCAAGUGCAUCCGUUCAAAUGCAGAGAAGCUGCCCUUACGGUUUGACGACAACUUGGUGCGGAAACAGCUGCAGUACACAGGUAUGCUGGAGACGGUCCGCAUCCGGCUAUCAGGAUACAACGUCAAGUACACCUUUAAGGAUUUUGUUCAUCACUUCAGUGUGUUGCUGCCAGACGGCACCAGUUCUACAAGGGAGAGCAUCCAGGAAAGUAUGGAUCAGCUAGAUCUACAGCCAGAGGGGUAUCAAGUGGGAAAGACAAAGGUGUUUUUACGGGAGUGCGAGCGCCAGCGGCUGCAGGCUGAGCUCCACAGAGAAGUUCUCAGAGUCAUCGUCAUGCUGCAGCAGCGCUUCAGAGCGCGGCUAGAGAGGAAGCAGUUCGUCAGGAUGAGGGAGGCGGCAGUCUGCAUCCAGAAAUGGUGGCGCUCGUACCGGUCCAUGAGGGAGGCGGAGGAGCAGUACGACCACGGUGUCCAGGAGAGGGCAGCCCUGUCUCUGCAGACGCACUGGAGAGCUUACAGAGCGCGCCACAGGUUCAGGCAGUGGAGAGAGGCUGCCCAGGUUCUACAGAGGGCGUGGCGGUUCUGGCUCUGUCGGCGCGCCUCCGCAGCUCUGGUCAUUCAGAGCGCAUGGCGCUGUCAUCGGGCCCGGGAGUCCUACCUGCGUUUGUGUGCCGCUGUGGUUGGGCUGCAGGCGAUGAGCAGAGGCUUCCUCAGCAGGCAAAGCUUCAGAAAAUCGAGAGAACAGCGACAGAAGGAGGAGGAGGAAAAGCUGCUUCAGAAUGGCCAGGUGAGCUUCCUACCUGCAGAAGAGGAGGAGGAGGAGGAGCUGCCAAAAGGAAUCAUGGGCCUGGACCUCAGCACCUGGGAGGACCGUUCCUACGAUCAACGAGAAAGGAGCCUCCAUGUACUUAGCAGCCAUAAGAGUGCCGUUAAGGAGGAAGACGAGCUACCAAAGACGGAAGAGGGCAGCACCGAAGCAGAAACUGAAGCAAACACCUCAGGUCCGACAUCCACUGUGGCGGUGCAGGAGCGGACCAGAACCGCGGAGGAGCCCAGCCAGAAGACCACUCGGGCCAAACGGGAGAACCGGCGGAUGAGGGAGUUGGAGCAGGCCAAGUUCAGCCUGGAGCUCCUGAAGGUCCGGGCAAACAGCGGAGGAGCUGCGUCUCCCUCUGAGGAGCGCCGCUGGUCUUUGGAGCUGGCGGCCCCCGCUAGCCCAUCUCUCCGUUCGCCCCAUGGCACCCCCGACAGCGAGAGCUCCAAAGAUAGCUUUGAGCUUCCCAUGAUGGACGAAGAGCCACCCAUGGCCACGGAGGAAAGGAUGGACAGCGAGGAUCCCUUCUCCCCGGUCCCCCCUGCUGCUCCCGGGUCCGAUCCCAACGUGGAAGAUGUUCCGUCGAGCCCGAAGCGAGGCGAAGCGCACGAAGCAGUGUUUCCUGACGCUGCCUUCUCCCAAAAAAGCCAGAGCCCGACCAAAAUGGAUCCACCUCCUCCCUCGCACCCGACCAAAAUCCAGAACUACCUCCCCACCUUUUUCGUCCCUCCUCGCGAGGACAGCACCAUAUUCUUCCAUCCUGCUGCCGAAGAGCCUCAGCCAGGCAAGGAGGCGGCCGUAACCACAGCCACCACGUCCCCCUCGAAGCCUCUCAGAGAGAGACGGGAAGCAGCUCGUCGGCCGGUGGUCGUGGUCAUCAGCAUGCAGAAAGAGACCCCGCUCAGCGAGGAGCUGAGUGCCAUCAUCCGUCCUCCUGUGGCCCUGAGGGACACUGCAGCCCAGACAGGGGGCUCUCCGCCGUCAUCGGCAGGAGACGCUCCCGUCUAUCAGGCCGAUCCCUCCGUCAUCGAGAAGCUGGUGCGGCUGAACGAGCAGCAGGAGGAGCGGCAGCGCAACCAGCAGCAGCAGAACGAGAAGGAGAUGAUGGAGCAGAUAAGGAGGCAGAAGGAGCUGUUGGGGCAGGAGCGCAGGAAGUACGCCCAGUAUGAGAAGGAGAUGUUCGAGAAGCACAAAGGAGAGGCCCUGCACAGGAUACAGCAGAGCAGACGGGGCGGGUCGGAUUCUGCCGGGGCCUCCGCUUCCACCAAGGGCCCCAGACCCAGCUCCCUGCUGAUUGAGAGAACCUCAGGCCAAGUCCCUCACGGCAGAACCCAGUCAGACUCCGCCCCCCCUCCGCCGCGCUCUCCAGCCGCCGUGGGCACUCAGGGAAGCUCCCGCGUCGCCCCGCUGCCCCCGCCGCCGUUCUCUGCUCCCACGGAGAGACGUAAAGACAAGCGACCCGCUGCCGAGGGCUGGGCCCCUAAACUCACUCUGGAGAGCAGAAAUGGAGCAGGAGUGAAAAUGGCCACCAAGAAGCUGCAGAAUCAGGAAGGUACAACAUUCAGUCUGGCUGACAAACCUGGGGACAUCUUCUUCUUUCCAAACGACAAGGUGACAUUCACCACGUUUGACCCUGAUGCUCCAGCUGUUCCCAGAGAAGGACCCACGCCUGCUUUGAAGCCUUCUAAAGGACUAAAGGCUCGGGAUGUCAGCAGCGCGGGCCACAAAAAGAAAGCCAGAAUGGCGCGGACGCGCUCCGACUUCCUCACCCGCGCCUCCAGUCUGGCAGCAGGUGGCGACUCGGACGAGGACGACUACGACGGCGACAGCCUGACCAGCCCGCGCCAUUACACUCUGCCCCUCUCCAAGCAGAACUCCACGGAGGCGGGCCUGAGAGAGGCCUGCUUCAGUGACUCAGACAUGCCCCUGAGCUCCGAGGAGCAAAAGAAGAUCCACAAAGCCAUGUCAUCAGGAGAUCUAGGGAAGGUGGAGUCACUGCGCAAAAAUUCACAAGACGGAAGGGUGCGUGGCAAGAUGCGUUUCUGGGGCAAAUCCAAGUAUGGAGACAAGAAGUCGUCCCGUGAAAAGCUGAUCUGUGGGGCUGAUUCCCUGGAUGGAGACUACGGAGAAUCUGGACCACUUCUGGGGGAUGGCCAGGAGAACAUGUCACCGCCCUGCAGUCCUGACCUGACUCUGGACCGAGGCUUCAGGGACUUGAAGGAGAACAAGGAGCCGUCCCCCAAGGUGAAGCGAAGGCGGAGCGUGAAGAUCAGCAGCGUGGCUCUGGAGCCCACGCAGUGGCAGAACGACGCGCUGCAGAUCCUCUCCUGCAUCAACGACUACAGGACCAUGAACGAUUUCCUCAUAAAGAAGAUCAAUGAUUUGGAGACUGAGGACAGUAAGAAGGACACCAUGGUGGACGUCGUCUUUAAAAAGGCUCUGAAGGAGUUCCGUCUAAACAUCUUCAACUCCUACUCCACAGCUCUCGCAAUGGAUGACGGUAAGAGCAUCCGCUACAAAGACCUGCAUGCUCUGUUCGAGCACAUCCUGGAAAAGACCAUGCGCCAGGAGCAGAGAGACUGGAGGGAGUCUCCGGUCAAAGUUUGGGUCAACACAUUCAAAGUCUUCCUGGAUGAGUUCAUGACCGAGUACAAACUGGUGGACAGCGCUCUCAGCAAGCCGCUUCCUAAACCUGAACGUAAAAAGCGGAGGAAAAAGGACUUUGACAUUGUAGAGGAACAUAACGGACACAUCUUCAAAUCCACUCAGUACAGCAUCCCCACAUACUGUGAAUACUGCUCCUCUCUUAUCUGGAUGAUGGAUCGCGCUUGUGUGUGCAAAUUGUGCCGGUACGCCUGCCACAGAAAGUGCUGCCAGAAGACAACCACCAAAUGUAGCAAGAAGUUUGAUCCAGAGUUGUCCUCCAGACAGUUCGGAGUGGAAGUUUCUCGCUUGACUAGCGAUGAGAGGACCGUUCCUUUGGUGGUGGAGAAGCUCAUCAACUACAUCGAGAUGCACGGCCUCUACACCGAAGGAAUUUACAGGAAAUCAGGCUCGACCAAUAAAGUCAAGGAGCUCAAGCUAGCACUAGACACGGAUGUCGAAAACAUGAAUCUUGAUGACUACAACAUCCACGUCAUCGCUAGCGUCUUCAAGCAGUGGCUGAGAGACCUGCCUAAUCCACUGAUGACGUUUGAGCUGUAUGAGGAGUUCAUCCGAGCAAUGAGUUUGCAGGACAAGAAGGAAAUGAUUAGAGGGAUUUACUCUGUUAUUGAUCAGCUCAGCAGGACUCACCUAAACACUCUGGAACGCCUCAUAUUUCAUCUUGUCAGGAUCUCCUUGCAAGAAGACACAAACCGCAUGUCAGCCAACGCCCUGGCGAUAGUUUUUGCUCCCUGCAUCCUUCGCUGCCCGGACACCAUCGAUCCCCUGCAGAGCGUCCAGGACAUCAGCAAGACGACAGCUUGUGUGGAGCUCAUCAUUUGCGAACAGAUGACUAAGUACAAAGUUCGUCUAAAGGACAUCAAUACGCUUGAGUUUGCUGAGAAUAAGGCCAAGUCCAAACUGAGCCUCAUUCGGCGGUCGAUGCUGGCAAAUGCAUCCAAGAAGGGCAAAGGCCAGUUACAUCGGCUGACCAACCACACGCCUUCGCCUCCGGCCAGUCCUCGGUUGCCGUUCAGAGCCGACGCAGCGAGAGAAGAGAGCGGCGGCGAAGAGGGAGCGGAGUCGCUCGUCGACAUCUCUGAGCACCAGCAGGCCGCCAUGCAGCAGGAGGACAGAGUGCUGUCGGAGCAGAUCGAAAGCCUACAGAAAAAGAAAGAAGAGUUGACGGUUGAGAUGCUGGCACUGGAGCCGCGAGCGUCAGAUGAUGAGACCCUGGAGUCCGAAGCUUCUAUCGGUACUGCCGACAGCUCGGAAAACCUCAACGUCGACUCGGAGGAAACCGUUUCUGACUUCUCUGAGAGAGGUCCGAGGAUGUCCUCUCCGUGGCCUCGUCGAUUUGACAGGAAGGACUCCCGGCGACGCGCUGAGCACUGGCAGCCCGACUACCUGGACUCCGCCGACUCAUGUUCCUCCGUUUCCUCCUACUCCUCCUCAUCGCACUUCCACCCAUCGCCCUGCUCCUCCUCUGCCGCCACUCGCCGCUUUCGUUUCCACUCCAAGUCUCCCUCUGCGGGCUCGAGUCCCGCCCGCUCUCAGGCCCACCCUCCAAACCCAUCUCAGGCCUCUCGAUCGGACAGCUUCGACGGCAGCCCGGCGGGGGAGCAGGACGCCGCCUACGACGAGCAGCCUCAGUUUACAAGCCGCGGCACGUACAAUCCAGAGAAGGGCAAGCAGAAACUUAAAGGUGCCAGACAUUUAGCCGGGCGGAACGUCAGGGACGGCGGCGGCGGUGGCGGCACACCCGGCAGGGACCCUCCUGACUUACCCCAGCACCUGGUAUUGUACGGUAGUAAUGAAUUCAUGGUAUGAAGGACACAAGGACACCAAAGCACUCAUGCGUAGCCUCUGCUUGUUGAAGCCAGCGGAAAUUAUGCCGUGCAGAUGGACGGCGGCAAGAGAGGGGAUCGGUUCCAGGGGUUCCUCUGCUGCAGACUCGACUGCCGCCAUGCUUUCACAGUGCCUUGGCAGCUCUUUGUUCUGCACCAGGAUUGGAGAGACUGAGCAGCAGGACAGAGAAAAGGGAAUGUUGGAAUAUGGAGGAGAAAAAAAAGAAGAAGAAAAGCUCAGCAUCAGGGAAUGUUACAGAAUCAGAGAGCUGAAGAUUUAUACUUCCUUUAAAUGAGCAAAGCCAGGCUCCAUCAGACUUGGCACAUGUUCAGUGGACCUUAAGCUCCGAAUUAUUAGCUUCUUUAUCAGUUUACAGUUUAAAGCAAUCGGUGUAAGCAGUGGACACUGUUAUUACAGGACAAUUUUUUUUCUUAUUUAAUAAAUUUUAUUAUCACAGAACUGCUCUAUGGCCUAUAAUAUACAGGUAUAAAUACUGUAAAAAGCUGGAACACCUGCCCCUGCUGGGUAGUUGAAGUCUAAUAUUUAUCUUUUAAUCCUUUUUUUUUUUUUUUUUUUUUUUUUUGAAAAUCCUGGACUAGGAUGUUCAUAAUUGAGUAUGUGCAGAGCCAAGCGGCCAUGCAAGAUUGUAUGGAUGAGUGUGAACGACAAAAACCACUUGAUGUAUUUUAAGUUUGUGCUGCCCCCCCUCCCCUUCCUGGUAUUAAGGAGGGGAUACCACCAUCAUUUAAAGGGACCAAGCCAGCUGGUGUGUGCAUUCCAGCCAAGGGGAUCCCACCUCUGUCACACACGUAUAAGGUUUCCGCAUUCUGCUGUUCUCCAGCCGUACGACAAAUAUAAUGUACUGUGCAGAACAUAUGUACAGCAUGGUGGACAGAUGCUAUUGUUAUUUACCCACCUCCUGUUAUCUGACGUUUUUGGUCAAAAGCAACCAAGAAAGCAUAAAAUCAUGUUGUCUUCUGUCAUUAUUAA